CAGGUAAUGACUCUUGUGGCGUACUUCAGAUUAAGUUGGCUUCAUAAAGAACUCACCUGGAACCUGUCCGAUUACGACGGUCACAGCUUCCUGAUCUUGGACACCGAAUCUGUUUGGACACCUGAAUUUGCGGUUGCCAUUGGAGACAAGGAUUCCUUCUACAUUCAGUUUCCAAAAACUUUAAAACUUGACUCCAGCGGACUUUUGUCAUUCAGUCACCACCAGUACAUUUCAUUUCGGUGUGAAAUGGAUCUAAUUAAAUACCCCUUUGACACGCAAGUCUGCCAUUUCGGACUGUACCCUGUUGCCGAACCGAUUUUAAAUUUGGAGUUAAAAUACUUUAGCUUUAAUAUCACUGGAAUUUACCACAGCACCAAGGAGUGGUACCUUGUCAACUCCACCCAAAAGAUGGUCAGAAGGGGUGAACUGGAAAAUUACGUUUCUUUCACGUUCACCGUGAGGCGACGUUUGACCUAUUACGUCAUCCUCAUUAUAUUUCCGAUGGUUUUGACGUCAUUGCUUAUACCACUCGUGUUUUUCAUACCGGCAAGAUCAGGAGAGAAGAUGUCCUAUAUCGUCGCCAUUUUGACGUCAUCGGCCAUUUUCAUAGGUCUGAUAAGGUAA